GCCAUCUUGGCUCAAGCGUGGGCUCAAGACCACUGCGGCUGGAGAAUUGACCCCUGGGCUCAAAGGGGGAUCGUGUAUGCUUUUUCGAGCUGAUAUUUCCGUAUUAUCUAGUUCUGAGCAGUUGAAGCUGAAACGGCAGUUCAGUUGUGCGUUGUCGGUUGUGUCAUCGUGGCAGCGACGAGCAGUGCAAGACGUUGCGAAAUGCGUCGACAUGAUUGUCAGAGUUCGGAUUCGGAUUGCGACGAAAAGUUUGUAGCCCGCGUGAUCCACGCAUGGGGCAACCGGGCGCGAUUUAUUAAGUUGGCCGAUGACAUCUCCCAGACAGUAGAGAUUGCGGGUGUUCGAGAAGUGGAGUUGCAGAUCGAAAAUGUUGCGCGACAGGUUUGGGAUGGUACGCCAACUCUCGACCUGAUCGGUUCAAGCCGACGUGGGACUAACAUUUUGAAGGAGCAUGGCGAGCAGAGUGACAUGGACUACAGUCUUUCUACAGGCCUUGGAUGGGUAACCGACGAGGAGUGGAGGGAUUUCUACAAUCGUUUACGUGAACAGUUUGCUUCGUGUCACGUGGAAAGAGGCAGUAAAGCAAUACGUAUUCAUAAGUUGAUCGAAAUCGAUUGGAAAUCGUGCCCACAGAAGGCAACUUCACAUUUGAUAGGGUCCCAUUUCCUUCGGUAGAAGGGUCUACGUCCAGGGCCGAACGUGAUGAGUUGUGGACCAAACAUUCUGAGAAUUAUCCAGGAACGUGCAACGCUGUCAACAUCUUGAAGCGCUUGUUCCCAGAGUUUAAAGGUUUUGAAGUCGAGGCGCUCGUUUACACGCGGACCAGACAACGUCCUUCCGAUGAUGACCGAUCGGGAAUGCAAGUGUUUCAAGCUUUGAUGCAUGAUUUCUAUCAUUAUCCCGAUGGAGACGACGAUUCUCCAUUGAGCAAGCUCCUGAGGGAUGCAAAUCAAGUCGACGAUAAAAAGAUUACUGCGUCGAGGAUUAAACAGCAAAUCGAGACAGCCAAGGAGCGUACAGGGUGUAUUCGUCGUCGACGUGAGUGCGAUCAAACACCCCAGUGCGUGUCGAAGGGAACCUGUCAGGUCCUUUGUGCCUUGCUCGGGCUUGUGUCUGGAUGUUAGUUGGCAAUGAUAUCUUACAUGUGCUUCAACCACCUUGGCCUACGCAUGGAUACCGUAUGCUCGGCCGGACGCAAAUGUCCAGACAAGUCGUGCUUCUGGACGGACUGCAUUGGCAAUCGUGCACAAUUUUUUGGGGGGGCGAGGUAAUUUGAAACUGUGGGGGGAAUACAAUUGCAGUCUCCUCGGCGCACAGCUGAACCGAUGUACAAUCGCUCGCUUUGUCGAUGCUACGACAUUCUUCAUGUACCUCUUGGUGGGAUGCUCAGCCCUGUUAUCCUUGCAGCGGGCGCCACCUGGUCGCAAAGGUAGUACAUCAACCCAUGUGUGUGUGUGUAACAAUCCUGUCCGCCUUGGGUAUCGCUCGCAGGCUUGAUUGUCCAGGCGUGAACAAUAUAGAUAACCGAGCGAUGGUGCUGUCAUUAUCUUACAACAUUCCGAAUGCGUGCUACAUUGGUAUGUCGCUUUCGGCAUUGAUCCUUAUCAUAGAUGUUCGAGAUGUGAAUGACCGAGCGCAAUCUCACAGUGAGUCAUUAUCUUAUUCCCAACCAUCCUGUGGUGUUGGGUCCUCGGUUUGAAGAGACAGCGCCCCGCGUUCACUCCUCCUCCCGCUAAGAUACUCACAAUUGCGGUACUCGCAACUGCAUCUGGUUGGGUCCUUCGCCAGGAUAAUUAUUUUGCUGCCGUCUUUUUGCCAACUGUCAUUGUCAGCCAGAUUUGCAUGUGUAUGGUUUGGCGCUUUGGGCAGCAAGCCACCGCUAACGACUUGAACAAACAGCAACAGCUGUUCUAUACAUUGACGGUAUUUUUGAGCACAUUGAUUGCUGUCAUAGGCUACACAUUGCCAACGAAGAAGAGAUCCACACCAUUUGCACGACAGCUUUUGAUUGCUCAUAUCUUCUGGAGUUUCGUGAACGGUUCCUUUGUAUUAUCUGGGAUAUUCUCUCCUGACUUGCUCUCGAAAUUGAAUCUACUUACAAUAUGUGGAGAACGAGUGUCGGUAUUUUGGAAAACGAUUCUGGCAAUUCGGUUUGCAAGCCGGACAACGCAACCCCUUGGCCCCUCCCGGAGGUUGGUUGCCGUCCAGACCACGCAUCGGCCUGACAACGUUCGACCAUCAUAUGUUCGGCUGGUUUCAAAUUAUGAUGUCCUUCAACGUCACUAAACCAAUCGAGCAAUGUUGCGUUCAGUUCAAAACAUAUGCGCUCGCGUGUACCGGCGCACAGAGCCUGCUGUUGCAGGUGGACGACGUCCGGAGCUUCUUGUAACCGCGCAUUGUCUAUACAGUUGUAGGUAUUGAGUUGCGAACGCGGAGGUUACAGACCAUGCGUGUUCCGCAUUUCUCGCCCAGG